AUGAAGCCUCCCACUUAUCAUGAAAUCAGAGGUCCUUAUCUAAAUAAGGAAGUGGAGGAGACUAAUAAAAUUGUGAAGGAACAUAAAGUUGUGUGGAACAAGUAUGGCUGCUCCAUUAUGAUGGAUAAGUGGACGACAAGAACUAGGAAAAUGAUUAUUAAUGUGUUGGUGAAUUCUCCCAAGGGAAGUUUGUUUUUUGAGUCCACUGAUGCUAGCGACUCAUCCACUGACCACAUCAAAAUGUUCACAUUGUUUCAGAACACCAUUGAAAAGAUUGGCCCAAGCAAAGUUGUUCAAGUGGUCACUGAUAAUGCGAGUGAAAAUGUGAAAGCGGGUGGCAUGGUGGAAGGAGCGUACAAGAAUCUCUAUUGGACUCCAUGUGCGGCUCAUUCGGCCCUUGUUAUUGAAUAUGAUGAGAAGAUUCAUCAGACAAAAAAAUUGGUGAAACCGGGCAAGACAAGGUUCGCCACUGCUUUCUUGACUUUGCAUAGUAUCCACUUGCAAAAAUCCAAUUUGAGAAAGUUGUUCACUUCAGAGGAAUGGAGCAAGAGUAAAUUUGUAAAGGAAAGUGCGGGGAAAGAUGUUACACGCAUUAUUCUUUCUUAUUCUUUUUGGAAUAAUGUCAUUCAUGCUCUUAAAAUUGGUGGCCCUUUGGUUAAAGUACUCUGUUUGGUGGAUGGGAAGCAAAAACCACCAAUGUGCUACCUCUAUGAAGCUAUAGAAAGGGCUAAGGAGGCUAUUCAAGCAUCAUUCACUGAUGAGCAGAAAUAUGCAAAG